AUGAUUAUCUCAUCGGCUACGGACGAUGUAGUAGAAGCUCGAGAAUUUUGCAAGGAGUGUUCUAUUACCUUCAAUGGUCGUAUAUUCGUGAUUGAUCUCAUUUGUCUACCUCUUAAGAAGAUUGAUGUAGUACUUGGUAUGGACGGGUUGUCGGCUAACUCGGUGUACAUCGGUUGUAAAGAGAAGGCUAUCUUCAUUCCUGCUGAGGAGACUACAUCAACCGAUGCCAUUGAACAUCUUCUUGAAGGUACAGUUAACAUGAUCAAUUACCUUUUUGCUCGAGAGAAGUCUUUCCUUUUGGUUCUUACGUCGGAUUCCAAGGACAAGAAGAGUGUAUUGGAGAUUCCGGUUGUGUUUUCAGUUUCCCCUUAUAGGAUGUCUCCUGCAGAGCUAAGAGAGUUGAAGAGCCAGUUAGAAGAGUUGUUGGCGAAACACUUCAUUCGUCCUAGUGUUUCUCCAUGGGGAGCUCCAGUUAUGUUGGUAAAGAAAAAGGAUGGUAGUAUGCAUUUGUGCAUCGACUAUCGUCAGCUGAACAAGAUUGACCUCAUGUCGGGAUAUCAUCAAAUCCGGGUUAAGAGUUCGGAUGUAUCUAAGACUGCUUUUAGGACGAGAUACGGUCAUUAUGAGUUCUUGGUUAUGCCAUUCGGGGUAACCAAUGCUCCUGCUGUCUUUAUGGAUUACAUGAACCGGGUGAUUCAACCAUAUUUGGAUCAGUUCGUGGUGAUCUUCAUAGAUGACAUCUUGAUCUACUCUCUGACUAUUGAAGAGCACAUGGAGCAUUUGAGGAUUGUGUUGUCGGUUCUCAGAGAAAAGCAGUUAUUUGCGAAGUUUAGUAAGUGUGAGUUCUGGAUGUCCGAAGUUAAGUUUCUUGGACAUGUCGUAUCUGGCGGCGGCGUAGCUGUAGACCCUUCAAAGGUAGAAGCAGUGAUAAAUUGGGAACGACCCAAGAAUGCAACUGAAGUCCGUAGUUUCCUAGGCUUGGCAAGUUACUAUCGAAGGUUCAUUAUGGGCUUUUCCAAGUUGGCGUUACCUUUGACCAGGAUUACAAGGAAGGAGGUUUCGUUUAGUUGGAAUUCAAAAUGUGAGAAGAGUUUUCAGAAACUCAAGGAGAAAUUAACUACAGCUCCAGUGUUGGUGAUCCCAGAUCCAAACCGAUCUUAUGAAGUGUUAUGCGAUGCUUCUAAGAAAGGCUUGGGUGGAAUGUUGAUGCAAGAUGGACAGGUUGUAGCUUAUGCAUCUAGACAGUUGAGAUCUCAUGAAGAGAAUUAUCCUACUCAUGACCUUGAACUUGCUGCAAUUUACCAUCCUGGUAAAGCUAAUAAGGUAGCAGAUGCCUUGAGUAGAAAGGAGAUUAAAGUUGCAGAACUGAUGAUGUUGGAGUUUGACCUUAUGGAGAAGUUCAGAAAUCUGGAUUUACAAUUUGUGUGGGCACCAACGGGUGUGCUGAUAAGUAACUUGUGUAUUGAGAAUGAGUUGCGAGAAAGGAUCCGUCAAGCACAGUGGAAUGAUGUAGAAUUGCAGGCUAAAGCAAACCUUCCAGAUCUCGUUCGUACAUCUGAUGGAUUAAUUCUUUUUGGACGGAGGAUGUGUGUGCCAAAUAACGCAGAGUUAAGGAGCAUUGUGUCGGAUAGAGAUCCGAAGUUCACUUCCCGAUUUUGGAAAGCUUUUCAUCAAGAGAUGGGUACAAAUCUGAACUUGAGCACUGCUAACCACCCUCAGACAGAUGGACAAACAGAAAGGACUAUUCAGACCAUUGAGGAUAUGCUAAGGGCAUGUAUCUUGGAAAUUGGUGGAAGUUGGAAAGAUAACUUACCUUUGAUAGAAUUUGCAUAUGACAACGGUUAUCAUGCGAGUAUCGGUAUGGCCCCACAUGAAGCCUUGUUUGGGAGGAAGUGCCGAUCACCAUUGUGUUGGUCUGAAGUUGGCGAGAAGGGAAUUCUUGGAGCGGAGAUAAUUCAAGAAACCACGGAGAAGGUUAAGAUGAUCCGAGAUAAGAUGAAACAAGCUCAAGAUCGACAGAAGAGUUAUGCGGAUAAACGAAGGAGACCGUUGGAGUUUGAUGUAGGAGAUCAUGUGUUCUUGAAGUUGCGGAAGUUUGUGCCGAAUUCGUUUCAUCCUAUCCUACCGAAUACAAUUGAAGUUGAACUAGAUCUUUCUUUCCAACCGAAGCCGUGUCGUAUUCUGGAGUAUGCUAGUAAGUCUUUGAGGAGCAAGGAGAUACCUCUUGUCAAGGUGUUGUGGGAAGAGUCGCGUUCUGACAAAGCCACUUGGGAGCUCGAAUCAGAGAUGCGGGAGUUGUAUCCUCACUUAUUCUGCUACGAGGAAGGGGUUAGUCCUUCGGAUUUCGGAUCCUUAAUGAAAAAGAAGUGGUAUAUUGGUAUCCAAGCUAUAAUAGGUAUUGUGGGUGCUAACGAGAGAAAGGAACUUUUCUAUGAUGAGAGACUCGAUGGCUUCAAAGGUAUGGCCGCGGUGAGAAAUCUCUUUGGUUGGCAAAAUGCUCGGUAA